GACAUUUGCCAAUAUUGUUUUUUCUGUAACAAACAACAACACUGCAAAUUUCCACAAAAUUCUACGAGUGCUUUUAUUUUGUUGAAGAAAUAAAUAAAUAUAAAAACUAAUCCCAAUAUGCCUAAGAAGAUGGGAAUUAAUAGUAAGGCCGUUGAGGCACGUGAGAGAAAGGCAGCUGCGAAACAGGCGACACAAUCCAAACUUGCAAAAGAAGCAGAGGACCUUCUUUGGAAGGAUGAUGAUAAAACGUUGGCAAAGAAGCAACAGAAACGUGAAGAGGAAGAGAGAAAACGGGCUGAGGCAGCUAGAAGAAAAGCUGAGGCAAAGGCUCUAUUGGACCAGGAAAUGAAUUCGAUUAAAACCCAGGGAAAACAGCCAUUGGCGAAAAUCAGCCGUCAACAGGUUUUAGAAGAAAUGGAAAAGAAACAGAGGGCUCUUGAUGCCAUUGCGGCUGCGAAUAAACCUCAGCCCCGUGUUGUGGUGCAGACAAAUUACAUUGAAGAAAAUCUAAAUAGGUCGAUGGCUGAUGUUGAGGUCGCCUCUACUGUUGAUCAGGCUUUGGCAGUGCUGAGUGUCAAGGACGAAGAGGAAGAUAAACAUCCAGAGAAACGUAUGAGAGCUGCUUACAAAGCAUUUGAAGCCGCAAACCUGCCUCGCAUUAAAGCUGAAAAUCCUUCUAUGCGUCUGUCGCAAUGGAAACAAAUACUUAUGAAAGAAUGGAACAAAUCUCCUGAUAAUCCAUUCAACCAAGCACGUUGAUAAUGCAAGACUAUGGUGCAGCUGUGUAUACAAUUGCUAUUCACGAUUUUAUUUUAGUUUCGCAAAUGGCUAGGAGAACCUGCCUGCGUUGUAAACUACAGUUCUUGAGCAAUUUAUUUAUAAUCAUUUUAUGAUUUGUUGAAAUUGUUUAUUAUUUCAGCUAAUUUAUUUAAAUUUUGUUUUCAUUUAAAAUAAUUUGUUUUCAUUUAUACAUAUGAUAUAAUAUCGUUUAUUAAGUAACAUAGAACACAUAGAAUUUAUAGAACCUAUGGAAAUUAUUUUGUAAUA